CUAACCAGGAAGUAGCACAAGCACAGCCGUGGAAGAUGUUUACAUUCAGCUUAACGCUCGUGCGACAUGGGGAGACUCAGUACAACAGGGAUAAGCUGCUGCAAGGUCAAGGUGUGGACACUACCUUGUCAGAAACAGGUGCUCAGCAGGCCGAGGCCGUGGGGCUUUAUCUCAAAGACAUCACAUUCAACAACGUGUUUGUCAGUAACCUACAACGAGCCGUGCAGACAGCUGAAAUAAUUCUGAGGAACAACACUCACUGUUCUGGCACCGAGAUGCUUCUGGAGCCGUUACUCAGAGAGCGGGGUUUCGGCAUUGCUGAAGGACGUCCAAAAGAGGAUCUGAAGAACAUGGCCAACGCUUCUGGCCAGGCAUGUCGGGACUACACGCCUCCAGGAGGAGAGACUUUAGACCAGGUGAGGCUGCGAUUCAAAAAAUUCCUCAAAGUCCUCUUCAAACAAAUGUGGGACGAGCACGGACAGUCGGGAGCCGUUUCCUCUGCAGGAGCAUCAGGAGCCGGAGACGCUGCAAACGGGACCACCGCCGCCUCAGACGGCGCUCCUGUCCGCUCGGCUGACGACGGCCUCCAGGGAGUGGCGGUCCACGCUCUGAUCGUGAGCCACGGCGCUUACAUCCGCGUCGCCGUCAGGCACCUUGUGGAGGACUUGAAGUGCUCUCUGCCUGCAGGGAUGAAGGCGUCCCACCUGUUCUCGCCGUGUCCAAACACGGGCGUCAGCCGCUUCACCCUGACCCUGAGCCGGGCCGAGGCCGGCCCCGUGCUCGCCGCCGCUCGCUGCUACUUCACCAACAGGAAGGACCACCUGGAGACAGCUGCUGAAUAGCGAGACGGGAAAGAAAUGCCGUAAAAGUUUUAUGUGUGCGUACUAUUUGUGUGCACAAAGGGAACAACAUGAACACUGAAGGGAAAAUAAGUUACCACAGGUAACUGAAUACAGCAAUGCACAAAAGAUGUUUUCUCAACAAUCAUAGCGUUUUACUGUGGAUCAAUAGUUAAAGUACUGUAUUAUCAAUCACUUUCAUCCUCCAAACUGUAGGCCAGUUGUGUCAUACUACGUACAGUUUUAUUAUUGUGAGCUUUAUUGCCUCUUUUAUCACGUUAUACCAAAGUCAGAACUAUUUAACUUAUUAUUGAACACUGUCGAUGUGUGUGGCAUUUUCAAGUUGAUGUGUCUACUUUGUUGCUGCUCAUUUCACUUGUGCAAUACAACAUGAAAGCACUGACUUUUUGUUGAGUUUUAUACAUAUAUGACGGAAAAUAAUGAAAGAUGCAUAUAAAACAGAAUGGUGUGAAACUA